UCAAGCGAGGGGCCGCAACCGAACCGAAAGAAAUCUCGCGCUUCCUGCAUCGCUCGACCGUCCUUUGUACAGCGCUUCACGCCCACAUAGCUUACCAGUCGAUCCUCUCACCGAUAUAUCACUGAGUUAAGAUGACGGUGUCCACUACAAAGACUAAGGAGACUCUGGAGAAGCCUGGACGCACCAAGGAUGCAGAGAAAACAAAACCGGAGAACGACGAGGACAGUGCCGGCGCUGACGACGAGGAGUCGGUGGAGGACGACACUAAUGAGGACAAUGACGGGGAAGAGAUGAAUGGAGAAGAAGAUGAGAACGGAGAGGAGGGAGAUGGUGAACAAGAGGAGGAAGUGGGGCUGUCGUACCUAUAUACGAACUUUGAGGACGAUGACAACGAUGAAGACUUUAAAGUGGAUACUGCAGCUCAAGAUGACGAUGACGACGACGAGAACGACGAUGAAGAUGAAGGAGAGAACGACGAUAAUGACGAUGCAGAGGACGAUGAGCAGGUUACUGCUGAUGACGAAGAGAACGAUGGCGAAGGUGAUGACGAUGUUGAUGAGAAUGAAAGUGCCGAAGACGGAGAUGACGAUGGGGGAGCUGGGGGUGAAGACGACGAGGACGAUGAGGGAGCGAACGGUGAAGAGAAUGAAGAGGAAGAAGAGGAACCGCCAGCUAAGAAGCAAAAGAAGUAGCCACUCCUGGUAAAGUAGUUUGUAAGAAAUAGCGGCUGGCCAGCAAUUAGCAUGGCGAACGUCAGGGGGGAAGUGCUGUCUCGCUCUGCCUUUGCUUUACUUUUUUUUUUGGAUUUUACCAAACCCACGCCCCAUACAGACGUCCUCACUCAUCUCAACCAGUAUCGCCCCGUUGCGACCGGGAGUUUGCUUUCCAUUGCAUGUCUUGCCUCUGAAGUUUAUCGAUCUACUCUACGUCUAGUACGUUUAAACGUUACGGAUGAAACACAACACAAUUUGAGAAAACCAA